AUGCUCUCUGUCCUCCUCGCUCUGCUCCACGCCGGCCUCGCUUUCGCGCUUACCUCGAGCUUGCAACAGGUGACCAACUUCGGCUCAAACCCCACCAAUGUCGGGAUGUACGUCUACAAGCCGACGACGGUCGCCAGCAAGCCGGCUGUGAUUGUGGCAAUACACUACUGCACGGGUACCGCCCAAGCGUACUUCUCUGGCACACAAUACGCACAGUAUGCCGACACGUACGGGUUCAUCGUGAUUUACCCGAGCUCUCCGUGGUCUGGCACGUGCUGGGACGUUAGCUCGAAGGCUACGCUCACCCACAAUGGCGGUGGCGACAGCAACGCUAUCGCAAACAUGGUCGCCUACGCUAUCAACACCUACGGCGCGGAUUCCAGCCGCAUAUUCGUCACCGGGUCUUCUUCGGGCGCGAUGAUGACAAAUGUCAUGGCCGCAACGUACCCCAACCUGUUCAAGGCCGCCACCGUGUACUCCGGCGUUGCUGCUGGCUGCUUCGUGUCUAGCUCUGGAGGCGUCGACGCAUGGAACUCUACCUGCGCACAAGGUCAGAGCACCGCCACGUCCGCCCAGUGGGCCAGCGUCGUUCGCAACAUGUACCCCGGCUACACCGGGUCAUACCCGGCCAUCCAGGAGUACCACGGCACCGCAGACACGACCCUACUCCCACCAAAUCUCGCUGAAGAGGUCAAAGAAUGGGCUGGCAUCUUCGGCUACAACGCUGCCGCACCCACCCAGGUCCUCCAGAACAACCCCGCAAACAGCUACACCAAGUCCAUCUACGGCCCCAACCUGCAGGGCAUCAGCGGCGCGGGCGUCGGCCACACUGUGCCCGUGAUGGUCCCCGAAGAUCUCAAGUGGUUCGGCAUCACCCCCGGCGGCGCGGGUGGCUCCAGUUCCAGCGCUUCCGGCGGUGGCGGCACGACAACCGUCAAAAGCACUACCGCAGCCUCCAGUACCACGCCCGCGCCCCCGACCGGCUCACAGGCGGCGCAUUGGGACCAAUGUGGCGGCCAAGGAUGGACAGGCGCGACGUCUUGCGUGGCGCCGUAUACCUGCACGUCGCUCAACCCAUAUUACUCGCAAUGUUUGUAA